GGGACACGGGUCCGGGCUUGUGUCGGGGCGGGGCAGAGGAAGCUGAGUGCGGGGUGCGGGCAGGUCGUGCUGCUCCUCGAGACAUGGGGAGGCCCAGGAAGGAGCCGGCCGGACACGCGUCCCCGCAGCCCGCGGCCUCCAAAGUGCCGCCCGCCGCACCGCCAACAUCCGCCACUGCCGGCCGGGCGGCUCGGAGCGCUGCGGGACGGGAGGCGAAGGGCGGCGGGGACCGGACACGAGCCAACGCGAAGACACCGCCCGCCGUACAGACACCGCCCGCGGUGCAGCCAACACCCGCCGCUCCGUCCCGCGGUGCUCGGGGUGAUGGCGGGGAGCAGCGAGCAGCCGCCUCCGGGAGCCAGAAGAAGGCAACGGGAACCAGAGCAGCGCCCAGCACGGCCAAGGGCAGAGCAGGAACGCACCUGCAUGAAGGCACCAAGGCCGACACCAAGGCUGACACCAAGGCUGACACCAAGGCUGACACCAAGGCCGACACCAAGGCUGACACCAAAGCCAUCACCAAGGCCAAGGCCGGCCCGUCCGGGUGCUUCCCACCCGCCCUGCAGAGCCACGACAUGAGCCGUGUGGAGGAGCAGACCCGCGGCCAACGCGACAACCCGCAGUGGUUCGAGUGGCGGCAGAACCGCAUCACGGCCUCGCUGGCGCCGCGCAUCGCCAACAGCAGGUUCGCCAACGGGAAGACGGACAAGGUGCCGCAGUCCUACCUGAAGGCCGUGCUGGGCAACAAACCUUCCGUGCAGACGCCGGCCAUGUCGUGGGGUAUCCGCAAUGAGAAGGAGGCCGUGCGGGCCUACGAGCAGCUCAAGUCUAAGGAGAUGGGCCGGCCCGUGCAGGUGGAUGAUUGCGGGCUCUUCAUCCAUAAGGAGAAGCCGUGGAUGGCCGCCAGCCCCGACGGCAUCGUCACCGAGGCCAAGACGGGGAAACCAUUGGGGCUGGUGGAGGUGAAGUGUCCCUACAAGCACCGCAACAGGACGGUGCGGGAGGCCUGCAAGGACAAGGACUUCUGCCUGGAGCUGAGCGGGGACUCCUACGCGCUGAAGCGGGAUCACGACUACUUCACCCAGGUGCAGUCCCAGCUGGCGGCCACCGGCAUGCGGCACGCUGACCUGGUGGUGCACACCAACAAGGAGACGGCCAUGGUGCCUGUGGAGUUUGAUGCCGAGUUCUGGGGGGAGACGGUGCCCAAGCUGGAGAAGUUCUACACCGAGGCCGUCCUUCCCCACCUGGAGCAGCAGGCCGCCAGCGCCGCCUGGGCCAAAGAGGAGUAGAACCCGCUCGUUGCUCUCCCAGAUGUUCGCUUGGCUUUGGGUCGGCCAUGCAAACCCUGCUGGCAAACCCUUAGAGUAGAAGCUGCACCUGAAUCUUCUGCUGUUCCUGUUCUGUUCACUGCUUCUGUAUCGCACCGGGAUGAAAGAACCCACACCAGCAAGGAGUGAUUUUGUUCUGUAUGGGGAAAGAGAAGAGGCCUGGAGCCACCCUGCACUCCUUGCUGCAUGAGCCCUUGGCACUGUGUGAUGGAAGCCUGCACAUCACGUCCGUCUGCACUGGAACUCCAUGGGGAAAACUGGAUCCUUCACCUCAACACUCGGCAGGACUAAACCUCAAUUCCACUUGAGUGGAAAGCAAUCAGGACAGAUUUAUGUGAGCUCGAGAGCAAAACACGAGUUGAGAGCUAAACCACCAUGUGCCUUAGCAGCCACAGCAGGGGCAGCCCUCGUCCUGAGCCAUCCCGCUGUGCUCAGGAAUGGGAUCAGAUGCUGCCCACCCAGGAGGGGCUCUCAGGGAGGUGGGCAUUGCCCCUUGGCUGCUUGAUUCACUGUCAAAUAAACCAUCUGUUGAACCAC